AUGCGUGGAUUGCUCCUUGCUAUCACUGGGCUCAUCACUACCGGCCUGGCCAUAAACCCGCCAGGAAAUGACCUCAUCCACUGCAAGAGCGAACCUACAGAAGGCUUUUUGGCCGAGUCGCAAGUACUUCGAGGGCCCCGAAAACGAAGCCACAUUGACGGUUCUUAUGUGCGUGCUAAUCAAAGCCGCCUUUUACUCGACACGUAUUUCCAUGUCGUUACUACUACUCCAAAUGAGAUUACCAAUAAUCAACUCAACCGGCAGAUCGAAGUUUUAAACGACAAUUUCGAUCCAUAUGAUAUUCAAUUCAAGCUCCGUGGCAUUGACUGGACUAUAAAUGCGACUUGGGCGAACAACACCUAUGACUAUUGGAUGAAAAAGAAGCUUCAUAAAGGUGAUUACAAAACCUUGAACGUUUACUUUAUCUCACACUUGGUUGGUGGAGGUCUUGGAGAGUGUACUUUCCCAGAGAAUAGCACGAAUCCCACAUUUGAUAUCACGAAGUUUAUGGAUGGCUGCACAGUCGACGCACAAACGGUCCCGGGUGGCAAGCGAAAAGAAGCCAACUUGGGCAAAACGACAACGCAUGAAGUUGGUCACUGGUUCGGCCUGUACCAUACCUUUUACGGUGGAUGUAACUUCGGUGAUGGGAUAGAUGAUACACCUGCCCAGUACGAAGGUGGAAGUCCUGAAAUUGGGUGUGAUCACCCACGUGAUACUUGUCCUGACCAGCCCGGGAAUGAUCCAAUGUUCAACUACAUGGACUAUACUGGGGAUGCUUGCUACCGGGAAUUCACAUCUGGUCAGAAGGAUCGUAUGUUCGAAAACUUUUGGGCUUACCGUGCUCAUGUGGGAUAG